AUGGCUGCCUACAAGCUGGUGCUGAUCAGGCAUGGCGAGAGCGCGUGGAACCCGGAGAACUGCUUCAGCGGCUGGUACGAUGCGGACCCGAGCCCGACUGGGCACGAGGAGGUGAAGCGCGGCGGGCAGGCGCUGCGAGAUGCCGGCUAUGAGUUUGACAUCUGCUUCACCUCAGUGCAGAAGAGAGCAAUUCGGACGCUCUGGACUGUGCUGGAUGCCAUUGACCAGAUGUGGCUGCCUGUAGUGAGGACCUGGCGUCUCAAUGAGCGGCACGAUGGGGGUGUGACUGGUCUUAACAAAGCAGAAACUGCUGCCAAGCAUGGCGAGGCCCAGGUAAAGAUCUGGAGGCGCUCUUACCAUAUCCCACCACCACCGAUGGAGCCCGACCAUCCCUUCUACAGCAACAUCAGUAAGGAUCUCAGGUAUGCAGACCUCACUGAAGAUCAGCUACCCUCCUGUGAGAGUCUGAAGGACACUAUUGCCAGAGCUCUGCCCUUUUGGAAUGAAGAAAUAGUGCCCCAGAUUAAGGAGGGGAAACGGGUAUCAAUUGCAGCCCAUGGCAACAGCCUUCGGGGCCUUGUCAAACAUCUGGAAGGUCCUUCUGAAGAGGCUAGCCUGGAGCUGAACCUGCCGACUGGUAUUCCCAUUGUCUAUGAAUUAGACAAGAACUUGAAGCCCAUCAAGCCCAUGCAGUUCCUGGGGGAUGAAGAGACCGUGCGCAAAGCCAUGGAGGCUGUGGCUGCCCAGGGCAAGGCCAAGAAGUGAAAGCCAGCAGGC